GAAGAAUCUAAAUGAAAUGAGUCAAGUUUAUAAAUUUAUUGUAUUUAUAAAAACAUCGCAUUAGUUGUUUAACAACCUCACAAAAGCCAAGAUGAAAUCAGUUCAAUUUGUUUUAGCCGGUGUUCUAAUAGUAUUGAGUCACGUUCUAAUGAGUGCAGCACAAGGUCAAGGUGGUUAUGGUGGCAGUGCUGGAACCUGGUCCAGUUCUAGCAGCCAAUCUGGACAGCCGGGAACUCCAGGCAACAGUCAAUUUAGUUACGGUUAUGGUGGUGUAGACGCUAAUGGUAUGCCCUAUGGUGGAUCUAGCGGUAAUGGUGGCUAUCAUGUUAAUAUAACCGAUGAACAGGGUCGCCAACAUUCGUACAGUGGUGGCCAAGGUGGUUUUGGAGGACAGCCUGGUCAGCAUGGCCAGCCAGGACAACCUGGUUCUAUGGGCACAUAUAGUUAUUCUAGCUCCAAUACAAAUCGUGGCGGUUAUCAGAACUCUUCUUCCUCAUCUGCCUACGCCUCAGCUUGGAGUACUUUUUAUGUUAUUUGUUUGUUUUCAUUGUUUUUAAUUAUUAAAUCUUAGGCAUUUGAAUUUCGCAAUGAAGUGUCAAUUAAAACAUUAUAUUGCUCAGUGUAUUAUAAAUAAGUACUCGUUUUUAUGACUUUUAUGUGUCCUUCGAACAAAAGGUGUUUUUUUUUUUUAAUAAAAAUUAAAAAAUUUAUAUGUAAUAAGAAAAGUUAGAAAGUGUUUAUAAAAAGUGUUAAUUAAAAUGUUAA